CCUCGAGCAUAAGCCUGCGCAAACUUCCUGUAUGUCUCUACUUCAGAGCUUCACUGUACCCUCCUCCACUUCCCCCUCUGACCUCUCCUCCCUCUUCAGCUCUGCUUCUCUCUUCCUGAGCUCACUCUGUCGUUGGCGUUCGCGUUGACUGGCCAGAGUCCGCGAGCUGAGCACCCUCAUCUUUGUUUGAUCCCACCACCUUCCUCUGCCUCUCCCUUCUUUCUCUCUCUCUCUCCAUCACAGCAGCUAUUCACCCAUUCAUCUCGCUCCAGCCCUCAGGACUUGACUGUUCUCUCCGAGCCACUGGUUCCUCAGACCCCUUCCUGGUUUGUUUCUAACAUCUGAUUGGCCAUGGCGUACCACAGUUUCCUGCUGGAACCAAUUAGCUGCCAUGCCUGGAACAAAGAUCGUACCCAAAUCGCCUUGUGCCCUAACAACCACGAGGUCCACAUCUACAAGAAGGAUGGUACCCAGUGGAACAGGAUCCAUGAGCUGAAGGAGCACAAUGGGCAGGUGACAGGUAUCGACUGGGCCACAGAGAGUAACCGUAUAGUUACUUGCGGAGCAGACCGUAACGCCUACGUGUGGACCCUGAAAGAGGGCACAUGGAAGCCCACCCUGGUCAUCCUCAGGAUCAACCGCGCUGCCCGCUGUGUGAAGUGGUCUCCAAAAGAGAACAAGUUUGCUGUAGGCAGCGGCUCACGCCUGAUCUCCAUCUGCUACUUCGAGCAGGAAAAUGACUGGUGGGUGUGUAAGCACAUCAAGAAGCCUAUCCGCUCCACCAUCCUCAGCCUGGACUGGCAUCCCAACAACGUCCUGCUGGCGGCUGGAUGCUGCGACUUCAAAUGCAGGGUGUUUUCAGCCUACAUCAAAGAGGUGGAGGAGAAGCCCGGCCCCACUCCCUGGGGCAGCAAGAUGCCGUUCGGAGAGAUGUUGUUUGAGUCUAGCGAGUCUGGAGCAGCCGGUGAGACCGUGGCUGGAGCCGGAGGAUGGGUGCACGGUGUGUGUUUCUCACACACCGGCAACCGUCUGGCCUGGACCUCGCACGACUCCACUGUGUCUGUCGCUGAGGGAGGCAAGACCAGCACGGUGAACAGCCUGAGGUCUGAGACUCUUCCUCUGCUGUGUGUCACCUUCAUCACUGAGAACAGCAUAGUAGCAGCUGGCCACGACUGUUACCCGGUGCUGUUUGUCUACGACGGGGCCGAAGCCAGCUUGACUUUUGGUGGCAAACUGGACGUUCCUAAGCAGGCGGCCCAGAAGGGCAUCAGUGCCAGGGAACGUUUCCAGAACCUGGACCGUCGGGCCUCAGAGACCCAGAGCACCGAAAAGGACCUGAACACCCUGCACAAGAACAGCAUCAGCCAAAUCUCGGUGCUGGAAGGAGGAAGAAACAAGUGCGCCAAGUUCUGCACCACUGGCAUGGAUGGGGGAAUGGGCAUCUGGGAUGUGAAGUCGCUGGAGUCUGCAAUGAAGGACUUAAAGAUAGUCUGAAUGAAGUUUACGUCACUCCGCCCAAAGUGUAUUAGCUUCUGGAGAUAUGAAGAAAAACUGCUGCCUUAUACACAAAGCUUCUUAGCCUUAAUUAAUCAGGUAUUUUUUUAUAUACAAUUUAAACGAUCAGACUUGUGUCAAACAGUGUUUGUUAUCCCUCUGAAGCUCUUUGCUGAGCUUGUUGAACUCAACAUUGUAAGCAGAGGGACUGACCACAGGUCUGCAAGCAGUACUUAAUGAGUUAGAUUAGUAAGAUCAGAGAGAGCUCCUCUGAGCUGAAUGCUUUAAGCAGGAAUUUUAUAUUAAUCACGAUGAAUAUGUGUUAAAGCUUAUGCUGGUCAUAACAUGCAUUAAAUAAAUGAUUGCUGUUACAGUGCUCAA